GGUCUGAUAAAAACACUUUACUUGUUACUCUAUGCCGCUACUGCCGCUACUACUCCGGAGGACGUCUACGUCGUUUGCGAAAGGGGGAAAGAACCGUGGUACACAGUACAUCCGUCGUACUGCAGAUACCGUCACUCCAUACACGCUGUUCGACAGUCGCUUGUUAACUUGCGUCAGUGACUAAUCUGCUCCGUUCAUUUACAAUAAUCAGGUUUUCCCAAUUUCUUCUAGUUUUCCCAGUUUUUUUUAUUCUGAUUCUCACGUCUUAAAACAGUUACGUAUAAUCUCCCUCGGCAUUUCGAUCCGGUACGCAGUCGUGUGAACAGCGAACAGAUCGUGAAACCGAUUUGAUGGAGCACCGACAAUUAAGAGUUUAAUCGUAGCGAGUAUCUUCUCAGUGUCGAUUUUUUAUGAAGAUCGACGAAUUACUGAAACUUGACGCAAAUUGAUCAGUGGAUUGAAGAGUUUUUGAGAUCGCAAGAUUGCGAUUGAGAAUAGCUUACGCGUCGACUAUCCUAGCUCUGGCCGGUGAUAAGAAGAUUCUGGCCAAGAUUUGGUGAUUUUAUUUUGCACUUUUAUAUUUACGAAGUCAGACUACGAGAUGUCGUACAUCGUGGAGUGGUAUAGAGAUGUGAUAGAUAACAAAUAUGAUCCGAGAACACAAGAUUGGCUUUUGGUACCUAGUCCUGGUCCAGUCCUGACAAUCAUAGCGACAUAUAUAUACUUUUGUGUUUCGGCAGGACCGAGAUACAUGAAGGACAAGAAACCGUACAAUUUGAAAAACACUCUGAUAAUUUAUAACUUCAUUCAGGUUUUGUUAAGUGUGUAUCUAGUUCACGAAGGCUUGAUGGCAGGUUGGUUGUACGAAUACGAUUUCAUUUGCCAACCUGUCGAUUAUUCGUAUAAACCGAGUUCAGUGAGGAUGGCCCGCGGCGUUUACUUGUACUUCCUGUGCAAACUGAUCGAGUUGCUGGACACGGUGUUCUUUGUUUUACGCAAAAAAGACCGACAGAUCACAUUCCUGCAUCUCUAUCAUCAUUCGUUAAUGCCAGUCUGCGCUUGGAUCGGUGUAAAGUUCUUCGCUGGCGGUCACCCGACCCUCCUUGGCGUCAUCAACGCUUUCAUCCACGUCUUUAUGUACACCUACUACAUGCUGUCUGCAUUCGGGCCGCAUAUGCAGAAGUACCUUUGGUGGAAAAAGCAUCUGACUACUAUGCAGAUCGUGCAAUUUAUCAUAGUGUUUUCCCACAAUUUUCAAAUGCUAUUCACUAACUGCAACUUUCCGAAGCCGCUAUCGUUCCUGCUUGCGCUCAACGCCGGCCUGUUCAUUUACAUGUUCGGAUCAUUCUACGUGAAAAAUUAUUUAAAAUCGAAAAUCCGACAAGAACCGAAGACCAACGGCGCUACUAACAGCGCCGUUAGUGUCGACGCAAUCCCCAACGAGUUGGAUCACGGAAAAUCCGAUUGAAGGACUCGUCGCAGAGCCCUUCUGCCUGUAGGAUUGUAAGUAUGAGAGCAGAAGAAUGAUUUUCAAAGGUUCUUUCAUAGUUCAUUUGGGAGUGGACUAGAUUCUUGUAAUGUAAAUGUAGUAAAAUGUCACUCUGGAUAACUCUCUCCCAACCUCGAUAUUAUUCCCCCGGUAUUAUUCCGCCCAUAUACUACUGCAAUGCGAAUUACGAAAGUAGAUUAACGCAUACAGGUAGGGAAGAAUUGUACCUUACAAGUAAAAAUAGAUUUGACUUAUUUGGAACGCGAUCCGUUUAAAAGCGAUCUUUACACGUACAAUCUAUAGAAGAUAUAAAUAUUACUCUUGCAUAAAAUGUACACCUUUCCGAGGUGCGAAACGACAUUCAUGCGAUGUAUAAUACAAUACAAUCGGGUAUGAAAUUUAUACUUGAUAUAAGCUUAUUCGAUUUCGAAGUUCUAUAAAGAGAUUGAUUCUCGGAUGAUGUAUAUCUUAAUUCGUAAUUAAGAUAGGCGUACAUUUCAAAUUUAUGUAUUAUAUUUUGCUGCGAAACGCAAAAAUUCUAUUUUACUUAUGAUAUGGUU